AUGUCUGGCAAAUCAAGGGACAAAGGUAAAAGUGAGCUAGCUGAAAGUGGUCAGAGGGAAAAUCCAGAAAGAACCUUUGACUUGGUAUUGAAAGUGAAAUGUCAUGCCUCCGAAAAUGAAGAUCCGGAGGUGCUGUGGAAGUUCCCAGAGGACUUUGCAGACCAGGAAGUACUGCAGACUGUGCCAAAGUUCUGCUUCCCCUUUGACGUUGAAAGGGCGUCUCGGAAUCAGGUUGGACAGCACUUUGCCUUUGUGCUGACGGACAUUGAGAGUAAACAGAGGUUUGGGUUCUGCCGACUCACCGCAGGAGGCAAGAUCUGCUUGUGCAUCCUGAGUUACCUGCCAUGGUUUGAAGUAUAUUACAAGCUUCUAAAUACUCUGGCAGAUUACUUGACUAAGGAACUGGAAGACGAUUUGAAUGAAACUCUGAGAUCUCUCUAUAACCAUCCAGUACCGAAGGCAAACACCCCUGUCAACUUGAGUGUGAACCAAGAGAUAUUUUUUGCCAGUGAGCAAGUUCUGAAAGAGCAGCCCUCCUUAGCACGGCAUUCCUGUUUCAUUGCCCCUGAUGUAACUGGACUGCCAACCAUCCCUGAGAAUAGGAACCUCACGGAGUACUUCGUGGCCGUGGACGUGAACAACAUGCUGCAGCUCUUCGCCAGCAUGCUGCAUGAGAGGCGCGUCAUCGUCACGUCCGGGAAGCUCAGCACCCUAACCGCCUGUCUCCACGGCUCGGCCGCCCUGCUCUACCCGAUGUACUGGCAGCACAUCUACAUCCCGGUGCUCCCGCCACACCUGUUGGACUACUGCUGUGCCCCUAUGCCGUACCUGAUUGGAAUACACUCCAGCCUCCUAGAGAGAGUGAAAAAUAAAUCAUUGGAGGAUGUGGUUAUGUUAAAUGUUGACACAAACACUUUAGAAUCACCAUUUAAUGACUUGAGCAGCCUACCAAGCGACGUGGUCUCGGCCCUGAAAAACAAACUGAAGAAGCAGUCCACAGCUACGGGGGAUGGAGUGGCCAGGGCCUUCCUCAGGGCGCAGGCGGCUUUGUUUGGAUCCUACAGAGAUGCUCUGAGAUACAAACCUGGUGAGCCCAUCACGUUCUGUGAGGAAAGUUUCGUAAAGCACCGUUCAAGUGUCAUGAAACAGUUCUUGGAAACCGCAGUCAACCUCCAGCUUUUUAAGCAGUUUAUCGAUGGUCGACUGGCAAAACUAAAUGCAGGAAAGGGUUUCUCUGAUGCAUUUGAAGAAGAGAUCACUUCUGGCGGCUUUUGUGGAGGGAACUCAAAGUCAUAUCAGCAAUGGGUGCAUACAGUCAAGAAAGGAGGCGCACUAUUUAACACAGCAGUGACCAAAGCAAGCCCUGCUGUGCGAACAGCGUAUAAAUUUGCCAAGAAUCAUGCAAAGCAGGGGAUAAAGGAGGUGAAGAGCAAGCUUAGACACAAGGAAAACGAGGAUGACUUUGGGACUUGUUCCGGUUCGGUGCAAUACACGCCCAUUUACACGUUACAUGGCGAGAGGGGAGGAAACCUAGCCAGACGGAAGAUUUCCCAGCCACGGCUCAGGCCUUUGAAGAGCCUGGACGGAGCCCUAGAUGCUGACGACGAGGAGGACGCCGAGAGAGCCAGCAAGUUGUCCUCUGAAGACGGAGAAGAAGCUUCUGCUUACUUCUAUGAAAGUGAUGACUCACUUGAAACAAGAGCAAAGGCUCCUUCACCAGGGGAGAUGGACCUGCUGGGUGAGAUCCUGGACACGCUGAGCACGCACAGCUCGGACCAGGGGAAGCUGGCGGCAGCCAGGAGCCUGGACUUCUUCAGGUCGAUGGACGAGAUAGAUUACAAGCCCACGAACAAAUCCAACGCGCCCAGCGAGAGCGACCUGGCCCUGCUGUGCAGCGGCUCCGGGGACCAGGCCGGGUGGCACCGGGGCCAGGACGAUAGCGCCCUGCUCGGCCGGCAGCUGCCCCCGUCGCCCAGGAAGCGGCUGUCCUCCGGCGCGGGCACUGACCCUCUAUUCAUCCUGGAGGAGGAGGCGGCCGAGCAACCCCUUGGCGUUGGCGCGGGGAGCCGGCCCCCGGCGCAGGGGCAGCCGGGCCCCCUUCCAGGCGCCGGAGCGCCCCCUACAGAGAGGAAGGAAACGCUAAGCCCGACUGCGGGCGACGUGGCGGAGCCCGGCCUGGGGCGGCGCCUGUCCACCUGUGUUCCCUGGGAGAAAGAAGGGAAAGAAGCCCCAGAGACCGCAGCGGGGGCUGGGCUGCUUCAGGAGGUGGUGUCCUUGUGUCACAUCACGUCUGCUUUCCAACAAGACCUGCACAUCUCAGGAGGGCGGGCAAGCGGAAACCAGGCUUAA